GCUGAGUUAUUCCUUUCAUACUGAUUGUUAGGCCAUCACCUAAACACUGAACUACAUCUGCGGAUUCUUCAUUUUUUUACCAUGACAAGGAGCAUACGGCUGGUGCGUCCGAUACUCAAGUACUGAAAGGGUUGUCCUCCGCCAUGAUUUUUAUCGGAAAGUCUAUGAUAACAGGGUCCUUUACGACGAUCUUUAUAUACACGCCAGAAUUGUACCCUACCAAUCUAAGGGCACUCAGUAUGGGAAUGGGGUCAGCGGCAGGUAGAAUUGGAGGAAUGGUAUCCUCAUUUGCAGCUUUGUUUGGUACUUACGUAUCUUGGGGACCAGGUGUCGUAUUCGGCUCUCUGUCACUUCUGGCAACGAUAUCGUUCAUAUGGUUACUCGAAACAACUGGGAAAGAACUACCAAAUACUCUCCGGGAGGCCUUGAGUUUCCAUUCCCAGAAAGACAAAAAGAAAAAGACAACAGUGGUUUCAUUAAAUGAAAAUAAGUAGCAGAGAACGUAAUAUAUACUUUAUAUCUACAGU